AUGCUGGACGAGGGGCCCUUCCUCCCCAAGCGGAGCUGCAGCCCCUCUCGCCUGCUGGAGCCCAGCGGAGCUGGCCGAGCAGACCCCUCCCCUGCAUGGAGCACCGCCCCCCAGCGAGGCCAAAGGGCCGAGCGCCUGCACUCCAGGAAGUCGUCUGAGGCCGGCCAUGAAGGCUUUGAGGACCCCUCCUCUGGCUUCUGGCUCCAGACCCCACGCCACACGCUGGGCAGAGGGUCAGGGGGACUCUUCCCUCUGGCUGAACCAGAGAUUCAACAGGCCCUUGUCUGGCACAGCGGAGCCCCUACUCACACAGACCUGCCUGCCUUGGCCCCGAGCCUCCACCUCCGGAAGGUCCUGGAACGCCAGCAGCCCUCGGUCUCACCCUCCCCUGGCUGCCCGGCCCUCUUCCAGGCCUGUCACUUCUAG